AUGCUAGCAGACUGGAUUGACUACUACGAUUUAGCCCUCUUAAAUACCCCUGGCAGAUUAGACCAAAUUUGGGGAAAAACUUUUCUGCUAGCUGCCUAUAGCUAUAUUUUAAGCUCUAAUUUAAGCUUAAAAAGCUUAGAACAAAUCGAUAUAAAACGCAGUUACGAAGCAACCCUUAACCGUCUAGAUAAUAUGGCAGAACGUUAUACUAGCGCCAUUUUAUGCGCUGCACACGAUGCGAUACCCUAA